AUGAAAUCUUCCGAUUGGUACCUCGAUGACUUCCCUGUGUGGGCCGUGUUCAUGCUUCUACUCCUUGGAAGCACGGACAACCUCACGGCCUGCCGCCUCAACGACAUCGACAACUGGAAAAGCAUCUAUGUUAAUACCCUAUUCAAGGGAUUCUUGGUGGUGUAUGUUGUUGUGAAAAUUACCAUGUUGCAAAAUCAUCACUUCCGCUACCUUCACUCGAUCCUGGCCAUCCUGUUUGUCGGCGUCCUCAAGUGGUACCAGAGGAUCGCUUCCAUGAGGAUGGUGAGCAAGUCCUACCUCUGCAAGAACAUGAAGGUGAUCGCCGAAUACAUGAAGCACAAGGACAACCUGCUGAGGUCCUUCGAUCCAGUGACCAUGGAAGGCUACAAGUACAUGGUUGCUGGUGAGAAAUACUGCACCAAGCUUCCAGGGCGCACACCAUGGUACCAUGAGGAUGGCAGCUCCAAGGUUACCACAGUGGAGCAGAUCUGGCAAUGUACCGGGAAUCUACUGCUCCGUGAGCGGGGCAUGUUGCUCAAGGACGUAUGCCUCUCCUAA